UAUGUUUCCCAAGUGAUCAAGAAGCAUGCUGAGGAAAACCAUCCAAUUUCAUGCAUCAUAAACAACCCCUUUGUUCCAUGGGUUUGUGAUGUGGCUGCUCAACAUGCUGUUCCUUCUGCCAUGCUAUGGAUUCAAUCUAGUGCUGUCUUCACCACUUACUAUAGCUAUUUCCACAAACUGGUAAGUUUCCCUUCAGAUGCAGAUCCUUAUAUUGAUGUUCACUUGCCUUCUGUAGUCCUCAAAUACAAUGAAGUUCCAGAUUUUCUGCAUCCGUUUAGUCCAUAUCCAAUUUUCGGGACACUCAUAUUGGAACAGUUUAAGAACUUGUCCACACCGUUCUGCGUGUUGGUGGAUAGUUUUGAGGAACUAGAGCAUGACUACAUCGAGUAUCUUUCAAAGUUUUUGGUUAUAAGGCCUGUUGGUCCUUUGUUCAAGAUCCCAAAAGAUCCAUCCACAAGAGAUAUACGUGGAGAUUUUAUGAAGAGUGAUGAUUGCAUAGAGUGGCUCAACUCAAGGGCACCAGAAUCAGUGGUGUAUAUCUCCUUUGGGAGUAUAGUGUACUUGCCUCAAGAGCAAGUGAGUGAAAUAGCAUAUGGACUAUUGAACUCUCAUGUCUCAUUUUUGUGGGUGUUAAAGCCACCUCCUAAGGAAUUUGGGGUUUCCCCUCAUGUUCUGCCAAGUGGAUUCCUUGAGGAAACAAGAGAGAAAGGCAAAGUGGUGCAGUGGAGCCCACAAGAGGAAGUG